AUGGCACAUCCGGUGGUUUUGUUGGUAAGAACAAAAGACCACUAUUACAAGAAAUGUUUGGAGGAUUUUGCAAGUGGAAGAAUUGUAAGCCUGAAUGGAAAUCCAAUUAGAUGUGUUUCUGAAAAUGAUUCAAUAAAAAAUCCAUAUGAUGGUGAAAUCCACUUUGUUCAAAGAAAUCAAAGUCGUGGUGACUAUAAAAAAAGAAGAAGAAAGAACAGUGGUGGUCCUUCAUGGAAACAAAAUGGUGUGGUCACAAAGAUUCGGGAUGAAAAUAAUGUGGUAAGAGUUUACAAGAGGACCCUGACUUUGCAAAAUGAAGAGUCUGAUUUCAAGCUCUGGGAGUUUGCUCUUGCCGACCCUACAACUCAUACUGAGAAUGAUGACUUACUACUUCGCCACUAUCUGAAGGACAAACCUCACAACUCUCACUCCAGUCACAACCAGACUCCAAUCAAUUAUUCUUCAUCCACACCUCCUCCUGCCACUCCAAACCCAGCCCCAAACCCAGCUCCUACAAAUUUAGGUACGCUAGAUAUUGCAACAACAGGUAAUUUGUCUCCACCUAUUUUAUCACCAACACCCAUCAAUGAGGAAAUUCAACCUGCACAUGUUGUUCAAACUCCUUAUACCACUUUUCAAUUGCCUCAACUCCAUUUUUUACAAAUGACACACUCUUAUCCCCCUUCAAUAGUGAGACACGAAGAAUACGGUGGAUCUAGAAGAGUGGCAAGCAGACAAAUUCAAUCCCCCAAUUUUGCGCCAUAUCCACAUCACCAAGGAUAUAAUCACACCUCACCUAUCCUUCAAAAUAUUAAUAAUAAUAAUAAUAAUAAUAAUUUCAAUGUAAAUACAACAAUAAGAAGUUUGGCUCCUCUUCCCAACACCCUAACAAUCAACCCUACUUCGUUCCAAAAUUUAAAUCCACCAAUCAAUCCUCAUUUUAAUUCUUCUUCUAUUUCAAAUAUUGGAAAUCCAUCUAACAUUCCACCUCCUAACACUCAAUAUUACAACAAUCCAGCUCAUCACAAUUUUUUAGGACAAACCAAUAAUGUGAUUAACCAAUGGCAACUUCCUUUUAAUGAUCCAAGAAUGCCAUUCCUAGGUUCCAAACUAUAA